AAUCGUUCCGGAUCAGUACACGAUACGUAAUGGACGUGGCCGUUUCGGAAUACCUGGCAGUGAUCGUAAGCCGCUCGUAUUGUCAACAUAUCAGGAUGCACAACAACAUUUGCCAUACGCCGACGACUCGAAUGCAGUGACGCCCAUGUCUGAGGAGAACGGAGCCAUCAUAGUGCCGGUUUACUAUGGAAAUCUAGGCUCUAGACACUCGUCGUAUACCUCGCACCAGUCCCGUAUCUCGUAUACCUCACAUGGCGAUCUGCUUGGCGGCAUGGCCGUCAUGGGCGUCAGCACAAUGACCAAGGAAAGCAAGUUGCGCAAUCGCAAUACACGCAAUCAAUCAGUGGGCGCCACCAAUGGCGGCACCACCUGCCUGGACACCAAUCAUAAGGUCGAGCAUCGCGACUACGAAAUCGGCCUGGAGUGCACGGACGAAGCGGGCAAGAUCAAACAUCACGACAAUCCUUUUAUUGAGCCCGUCCAGACACAAACGGUGGUCGACAUGAAAGAUGUUAUGGUCCUGAAUGAUAUUAUUGAGCAAGCCGCAGGUCGGCAUAGUCGCGCAAGUGAUCGCGGUGUCUCCGUUUACUAUUUCCCAACAGAGGACGACGACGAGGACGGGCCGACGUUCAAAGACAAGGCGCUCGAAGUGAUACUCAAAGGGAUCGAUGUGUUUUGUGUGUGGGAUUGCUGCUGGGUUUGGUUGAAAUUUCAGGAAUGGGUUUCUCUGAUCGUCUUCGAUCCGUUCGUGGAGCUCUUCAUCACGCUGUGCAUCGUUGUGAACACAAUGUUCAUGGCCAUGGACCAUCACGACAUGAACAAGGAGAUGGAGCGAGUGCUCAAGAGCGGAAACUAUUUCUUCACUGCAACCUUUGCCAUUGAGGCCACCAUGAAGCUGAUGGCCAUGAGUCCGAAGUACUAUUUCCAGGAGGGCUGGAACAUCUUCGAUUUCAUCAUCGUCGCACUCUCACUGCUCGAGCUGGGACUCGAGGGCGUUCAGGGCUUAUCCGUAUUGCGUUCGUUUCGUUUGCUGCGUGUAUUCAAGUUGGCCAAAUCAUGGCCAACGUUAAAUUUACUAAUAUCGAUAAUGGGUCGCACUGUCGGCGCUCUGGGCAAUCUGACCUUCGUCCUAUGCAUUAUAAUCUUCAUUUUUGCUGUAAUGGGCAUGCAGCUGUUUGGCAAGAACUACACAGAUCACAAGGAUCGCUUUCCGGAUGGUGACCUGCCGCGCUGGAACUUCACCGAUUUCAUGCACAGCUUCAUGAUCGUGUUCCGAGUGCUAUGCGGAGAGUGGAUCGAGUCCAUGUGGGACUGCAUGUACGUGGGCGAUGUCUCCUGCAUACCAUUCUUCUUGGCCACCGUUGUCAUCGGCAAUCUUGUGGUUCUUAACCUUUUCUUAGCCUUGCUUUUGUCAAAUUUUGGCUCAUCUAGUUUAUCAGCACCGACUGCCGACAAUGAUACCAAUAAGAUCGCCGAGGCCUUUAAUCGUAUUGGCCGUUUUAAGAGUUGGGUUAAGCGUAAUAUUGCUGAUUGUUUCAAGUUAAUACGUAACAAAUUGACAAAUCAAAUAAGUGAUCAACCAUCAGGUGAGAGGAUCAACCAGAUCAGUUGGAUUUGGAGCGAAGAGCACGGUGACAACGAAUUGGAGCUGGGCCACGACGAGAUACUGGCCGAUGGGCUGAUCAAGAAGGGCAUCAAGGAGCAAACACAGCUGGAGGUGGCCAUCGGCGAUGGCAUGGAGUUCACAAUCCACGGCGACAUGAAGAACAGCAAGCCGAAGAAAUCCAAAUAUCUAAAUAAUGCAACGAUGAUUGGCAACUCAAUUAACCACCAAGACAAUAGACUGGAACACGAGCUAAACCAUAGAGGUUUGUCCUUACAGGACGACGACACUGCCAGCAUUAACUCAUAUGGUAGCCAUAAGAAUCGACCAUUCAAGGACGAGAGCCACAAGGGCAGCGCCGAAACGAUGGAGGGCGAGGAGAAGCGCGACGCCAGCAAAGAGGAUUUAGGUCUCGACGAGGACCUGGACGAGGAGGGCGAAUGCGAGGAGGGCCCCCUCGACGGUGAUAUCAUAAUACACGCUAACGACGAGGAUAUACUUGACGAAUAUCCAGCUGAUUGCUGCCCCGAUUCGUACUAUAAGAAAUUUCCAAUCUUAGCCGGUGACGAAGAUUCGCCGUUCUGGCAAGGAUGGGGCAAUUUACGACUGAAAACUUUUCAAUUAAUUGAAAAUAAAUAUUUUGAAACAGCUGUUAUCACUAUGAUUUUAAUGAGUAGCUUAGCUUUGGCUUUAGAAGAUGUUCACCUGCCACAACGGCCGAUACUGCAGGAUAUUUUAUACUAUAUGGACAGAAUAUUUACGGUUAUAUUCUUCUUGGAGAUGUUAAUCAAGUGGUUGGCGCUCGGCUUCAAAGUGUACUUCACGAAUGCGUGGUGCUGGCUUGAUUUCGUUAUUGUCAUGGUAUCGCUUAUCAACUUCGUUGCUUCACUUGUUGGAGCUGGUGGUAUUCAAGCCUUCAAGACUAUGCGAACGUUAAGAGCACUGAGACCACUACGUGCCAUGUCCCGUAUGCAGGGCAUGCGGGUCGUCGUUAAUGCGCUGGUACAAGCUAUACCGUCCAUCUUCAAUGUGCUAUUGGUGUGUCUAAUAUUUUGGCUAAUUUUUGCCAUAAUGGGUGUACAGCUUUUUGCUGGAAAAUAUUUUAAGUGCGAAGAUUUAAAUGGAACAAAGCUCAGCCACGAGAUAAUACCAAAUCGCAAUGCAUGCGAGAGCGAGAACUACACGUGGGUGAAUUCAGCAAUGAAUUUCGAUCAUGUAGGUAACGCGUAUCUGUGCCUUUUCCAAGUGGCGACCUUUAAAGGCUGGAUACAAAUAAUGAACGAUGCUAUCGAUUCACGAGAGGUGGACAAGCAGCCGAUUCGUGAAACGAACAUCUACAUGUAUUUAUAUUUCGUGUUCUUCAUCAUAUUUGGAUCAUUUUUCACACUCAAUCUGUUCAUUGGUGUUAUCAUUGAUAAUUUUAAUGAGCAAAAGAAAAAAGCAGGUGGAUCAUUAGAAAUGUUCAUGACAGAAGAUCAGAAAAAGUACUAUAAUGCUAUGAAAAAGAUGGGCUCUAAAAAACCAUUAAAAGCCAUUCCAAGACCAAGGUGGCGUCCACAAGCAAUAGUCUUUGAAAUAGUAACCGAUAAGAAAUUCGAUAUAAUCAUUAUGUUAUUCAUUGGUCUAAACAUGUUCACCAUGACACUCGAUCGUUACGAUGCGUCGGACACGUACAACGCGGUCCUUGACUAUCUGAAUGCGAUAUUCGUAGUUAUUUUCAGUUCCGAAUGUCUAUUAAAAAUAUUCGCUUUACGAUAUCACUAUUUUAUUGAGCCAUGGAAUUUAUUUGAUGUAGUAGUUGUCAUUUUAUCCAUCUUAGGUCUUGUACUUAGCGAUAUUAUCGAGAAAUACUUCGUGUCGCCCACGCUGCUGCGUGUGGUGCGCGUGGCCAAAGUGGGCCGAGUCCUCCGGCUGGUGAAGGGCGCCAAGGGCAUACGAACUCUGCUAUUCGCACUGGCGAUGUCGCUGCCGGCGCUGUUCAACAUCUGUCUGCUGCUCUUCCUGGUGAUGUUCAUCUUUGCCAUCUUCGGCAUGUCGUUCUUCAUGCACGUGAAGGAGAAGAGCGGCAUCAACGAUGUCUACAACUUCAAGACGUUUGGCCAGAGCAUGAUAUUGCUGUUUCAGAUGUCUACCUCAGCCGGUUGGGAUGGUGUACUCGACGCCAUUAUCAAUGAGGAAGCAUGCGAUCCACCCGACAACGACAAAGGCUAUCCGGGCAAUUGUGGUUCAGCGACCGUUGGAAUAACGUUUCUCCUCUCAUAUCUAGUUAUAAGCUUUUUGAUAGUUAUUAAUAUGUACAUUGCUGUCAUUCUUGAGAACUAUAGUCAGGCCACCGAAGAUGUGCAGGAGGGUCUAACCGACGACGACUACGACAUGUACUACGAGAUCUGGCAGCAGUUUGAUCCCGAGGGUACACAGUAUAUACGCUACGAUCAGCUAUCGGAGUUCCUCGAUGUGCUCGAGCCGCCGCUGCAGAUACACAAGCCGAACAAGUACAAAAUCAUAUCGAUGGACAUACCCAUCUGUCGAGGCGAUCUCAUGUACUGCGUGGACAUACUCGACGCCCUCACCAAAGACUUUUUCGCGCGCAAGGGCAAUCCGAUCGAGGAGACGGGCGAAAUUGGCGAAAUUGCGGCGCGACCCGACACCGAGGGCUACGAGCCCGUCUCCUCAACGCUCUGGCGUCAGCGCGAGGAGUACUGCGCCCGCCUCAUCCAGCACGCCUGGCGCAAGCACAAGGCGCGCGUGGAAAGCGGCGGCGGCGGCGUCGGCGGUGGAAACGAUGCCGACGGCGAUGGCAAUGCUGAAGGCGGUGGCGAUGCCAAUGGCAGCCACGAUCCAGCCGAUCCCGGUGCAGCCGAAAGCCAUGCGGAUGCAGCCGAUCACAAUGGCCCGCAUGAUCACGAUGAUCACGAUGCGGGCGGCGCCAAUGGUGGCCACGAUGCAGCCGAUGCCGAUGGCGGUGGCGGUGGCAUUGUAAAUAGUCCGAACGAUGGCAACGGAAAUGGAAGCGGCAGUCCCGGCGGCCAGAGCGCCGGCAGUGGCGGCAGCGCUGGCCGCCAAACGGCCGUGCUCGUUGAGAGCGAUGGUUUUGUGACAAAAAACGGCCACAAGGUUGUAAUACACUCGCGAUCGCCGAGCAUAACAUCGCGCACGGCAGAUGUCUGAGCCAGGCCUCGCCCCCCCCUCCAAGACGCACGCGACUACUGAGAGCAGCUGUGGCAGCUGGCAGCGGCAGCAGCAGCAGCAGCAGCAACAGCAGCUGGCAGCAGCAACAACAAAUCGAAU